AGCAGGACAUUGUUGACAACUGUAGCUUGUCAGCAAACUUGUCCAGUUGCCAGAACAAUGAGCCCGUCGACAUGACUUUGGGUGGGUUUCGUCGUGGUUUCGAUGGGUUUUCGUCGCGCUAGUUAACCGAGGAGCCGAGUCAGUGAGUCUGCGAGUCAACAGAUUUGACUCACAACGUUUCAGAGCAUCUGCAGCUUAGCUAAGCUAACAGGCUUAGCUGAAGACCAAACAGCAGCAUGGGCGACGGCAGCGUUGCUCCCAGGAUCGGCAACAUGAAGGCGUUGCUGGGGAUAGUUGCCGGAGCUGGAGCUUCUUACGGGUUAUACAAACUCAUCAGCAGGGGAGGCUUCAAGAGAAACAAGAAGGGUGCUGGCGGUGAAAGUCCCGCUGUCAGGAGCAGUCCUCCCGGGGAAGUUACUCUGCAGCCGGGCAGCCUGCUGGCCAGAGUGUCCGGACUGGAUGUGGUGUGUCCCCGACCUGUGGAUGUUGCAUCAGGUGACAUCAUCCACCAGUCCCCUGGCAACCUGGAUCCACAGCACUUGAAAAUGCUGCUGUCAUGUCUGCAGACCACCAAUAAUCCACCAGACAAAUGUCGCAUCCUACUGACGUUAGGAAAUUCUGCUGCUUUUACUGUGAAUCAGAAUCUAAUCCGGGAGUUUGAAGGGAUUCACAUCAUAGCUGGUUUCCUCUCUGAUCCUUCAGCGGAGGUCAGAGUGCAGACUCUGAAUGCUUUAAAUAAUCUGUGUAUGAACAUCCAAAACCAGGAACAAAUAAAGGUGUAUGUGCCACAGGUGCUGGAGCUGAUUGAGAUGUCACCUGUGAACUCGGAGCUUCAGCUCGGUGCUCUCAGGCUGCUGACAAACCUCUCGGUCACAGAUAAACAUCAGCACCUGCUUAAAGAAUCAGUUACACUUUUACUUUCUCUGCUUGUUGUGAGCAAUGAAGCAUUACAGGUUCAGACUUUGAAAGUCCUUGUGAAUUUGUCAUCCAAUCCAGAUAUGAUGGACGACAUUGUUCAAGCUCAGGCACCAGCCUCGGUUGUGCUGCUGUUUGAUGCACGAACAGCCCCUGCGGUGCUGCUGCGACUGCUGACAUUUGCAGGGAACUUAAAGGCCUGGAGGCCCUCUGCCCAGGUGGCCGAGGAACUGAGGCGGCAGCAGGAUUGCCUCUUCAGGGUCAUGUUAGAUGAGUCCUCUCAGCUCCACAGCAGACUGGUCCAGCUGCUUUCACACCCUGAUGGAGAGAUUCAGUCCCAGGUGGCUCGCAUCCUGACAUAGACCUCCCUCUGCACUCUUUAUCCAUGCACAGCUUUUGCUUUUUUUCACAUUUUACCAAAGCCAUCAACCCACCACUGUUCCGGUUCAAUUUUAAACCUGUUGACAUAAAUCUUACAAAAGAGAGGCUGCACAGCCUCCUGUGGGUACUCAACUUGCACUUCUGCACUCUCUAUAUCUACACAGUGUUCCCUUGAUCAAUAUUAUUACCACACGUAACUAAAUGAUCUAUUCCACAUCAACAGCCGCUCUUCCCUGAUUUCCACUCUCUUACAACACAGUUAAUCGAUGAGCAACAAGCAGGAAGAAACCAUUCAUUCGGCAGAGUGUAGAAACAGGCCUCUCCCUGCUUUUUUCCUGCUAAAGAGUUUUAUUUGCAUUUCCAGAGACUAUUUUCCUUCAAAGAUCCACAGUGCCCUUCCCUCUGAGAACUUCGCCGACUUUCUCUGAGGACAUCUUCCAGGUGAAAUUUCUGAACCCGAAUCCACUGCCAAACAUUUUAUAGUGAAUGUGUCAGAAUGACCUGUGCAGCACGACCCAACUAACCACCCACCUGUGGCUCUGAGAGACACUGAAGAGGUUUCUCGCCGCACACCUUAGCAUGCCUUGGAGACAUGAAUGAAUGGAUGCACUACAGCUCUAGUCCUCGUUAAUUUAUAGAUAUGUUGAAUUGAAAGAUCAUGGUCUUCAAGAUCUUUUUAUUUAAUUUGAUUAUCAGGACAUUGUGACUUUAAAGAAGCCAAAGUGAGGUCAAGGGCGGCAUGGUGCUGGAGAGGUUAGCACUGUCGCGUCACACCAAGAGGGCUUUAUGCUGGCUGGCUGCAGCUUUUCUGUAGGCGGGUUUCCAUGAUAGACUUGUGCUAAAAUUAGGCGAUAUUUUAAAAAUGUUGAUUCAACACAGUUGCGAGAUGACUGCAUUUUCGAUGAGUGAUGUUUUGCGACUUC